UGUGUGUGCAAGCAUACCACCACCCCUUUCUUUUUCCUCUCUCUCUCUCUCUUUUUCUUUUUGGCCCUGGGAGGAGGAGGAGUGGGGGGAGAGACGGGAGGGGGUUUUGCAGGGCAAGCGAUGGAUGAGGAAAACAUGACGAAAAGCGAAGAGCAUCUGAGUUUGCAGAAAGCCCUGCAGCAGUGUGAGCUGGUCCAAAAUAUGAUCGACAUCAGCAUCUCGAACCUAGAGGGGCUCCGAACAAAAUGUGCCACCUCCAACGACCUGACCCAGAAGGAAAUCAGGACCCUGGAGAGCAAGCUGGUGAAGUACUUCAGCCGCCAGCUAUCCUGCAAACGGAAAGUGGCCCUCCAGGAGCGCAAUGCCAAGCUCGAAGGCUUCCCCCAGCUCCAGCACUGGUUCCGAAUUGUGGAUGUGAGAAAGGAAGUCAUGGAGGAAAUCACCCCCGGCCAGUUGAGCCUAGAACAGCUUCUGGAGAUGACUGAUGAACAGGUGUGUGAAACGGUGGAGAAAUAUGGAGCCAACCCAGAGGAGUGUGCCCGUCUCAAUGCCUCCCUCUCCUGCCUCCGGAACGUUCACAUGGCAGGAGGCAGCCUUUCCAAGCAGGACUGGAUCAUCCAGUGGCCAACCCCAGAGACUGGGAAGGAGAACAAUCCAGCUUGCCCACCCGAGUCUACUACAUGGAUCCGCACCCAUCUUUCCCAGAGUCCCAAAAUCCAGUCCAAGUGUAUUCAGCACUACUGUCCCCCUGGCCCCACUCUUGGCCCUGCGUAUACCCAUGUGGACAGACUGACUGUGGAAGGCUACCCAGGCCUAUGCCCCCCACUGGAGUCUGGGCACCGGUCCUUGCCACCUUCUCCCCGGCAGCGGCACGCAGUCCGUACACCACCCCGAACACCAAACAUUGUCACCACGGUGACCCCACCUGGUACACCUCCCAUGAGGCGAAAGAACAAGCUGAAGCCCCCGGGGACCCCACCCCCCUCCUCCCGAAAGCUGAUCCACCUUAUCCCUGGCUUCACUGCUCUGCACCGGAGCAAAUCCCAUGAAUUUCAGUUGGGGCAUCGGGUGGACGAGAGUCACACUCCAAAGGCCAAGAAAAGGAACAAGCCCCUUAAUUUAAAGAUUCACAACAGUGUGGGCAGCUGUGAGAACAUCCCAUCACAGCGCUCCCCCCUGCUCUCCGAGCGUUCUCUGCGGUCCUUCUUCGUGGGCUACCCGCCCUUCCUUCCUUCCACUCCUCCGGUCCACCCCGAAGCCAACUUCUCCACCAACACUCUGUCAGUGCCUCGAUGGUCUCCUCAGAUUCCUCGAAGAGAUCUAGGCAACUCAAUAAAACACAGAUUUUCCACCAAGUACUGGAUGAGUCAGACUUGUACCGUCUGUGGGAAAGGAAUGUUGUUUGGACUGAAAUGUAAAAACUGCAAGUUAAAAUGUCAUAACAAAUGCACCAAAGAAGCUCCCCCAUGCCACUUACUGAUCAUCCACCGUGGAGAUCCAGCAAGGUUAGUCCGGACAGAGUCUGUGCCCUGUGACAUCAACAACCCCCUGCGGAAGCCUCCCCGGUAUUCUGACCUGCACAUUAGCCAGACUCUCCCUAAAACCAACAAAAUCAACAAGGACCACAUCCCGGUACCUUACCAGCCUGACUCCAGCAGCAACCCUUCUUCCACAACAUCCUCCACACCGUCUUCCCCAGCCCCACCACUCCCACCUAGUGCCACCCCUCCUUCCCCACUACACCCUUCCCCACAGUGCACCAGACAGCAGAAGAAUUUCAACCUGCCAGCUUCCCAUUACUACAAAUACAAACAGCAGUUCAUUUUCCCAGACGUGGUCCCAGUGCCCGAGACACCCAAUCGAGCGCCCCAAGUCAUCCUCCAUCCAGUGAAUUCAAAUCCAAUCCUGGAAGGAAAUCCAUUACUUCAAAUUGAAGUGGAGCCAACAUCAGAGAAUGAGGAGGGGAACAACGAAGCUGAGGAAUCAGAGGAUGACUUUGAGGAGAUGAACCUCUCGCUCCUCUCUGCCCGCAAUUUCCCCCGCAAGGCCAGUCAGACCAGCAUCUUUCUCCAGGAGUGGGACAUCCCCUUUGAGCAGCUGGAGAUGGGCGAGCUCAUUGGCAAGGGCCGAUUUGGGCAGGUGUACCACGGCCGCUGGCACGGGGAAGUGGCCAUAAGACUUAUUGAUAUUGAGAGAGACAAUGAGGACCAGCUCAAGGCCUUCAAGCGGGAGGUCAUGGCUUACCGGCAGACACGGCAUGAGAACGUGGUGCUCUUCAUGGGGGCCUGCAUGAGCCCACCCCACUUGGCAAUCAUCACCAGUCUGUGUAAAGGACGGACUCUGUACUCAGUGGUGAGAGAUGCCAAAAUUGUCUUGGAUGUCAACAAAACAAGGCAGAUUGCACAAGAGAUUGUGAAGGGCAUGGGGUAUCUCCACGCCAAAGGAAUCCUGCAUAAAGACCUCAAGUCCAAGAAUGUCUUCUAUGACAAUGGCAAAGUGGUAAUCACAGACUUCGGGCUCUUCAGCAUAUCGGGUGUCCUGCAGGCGGGCAGGCGGGAGAAUAAACUACGAAUCCAGAACGGUUGGCUGUGCCACCUUGCUCCAGAGAUCAUCCGUCAGCUUUCCCCUGACACAGAGGAAGACAAGCUUCCCUUUUCUAAGCACUCAGAUGUGUUUGCACUUGGCACAAUCUGGUACGAACUCCAUGCCAGGGAGUGGCCUUACAAGACUCAACCGGCAGAGGCAAUAAUAUGGCAGAUGGGAAGAGGAAUGAAACCCAACCUCAGCCAGAUUGGACUAGGAAAAGAGAUCUCGGACAUUCUUCUCUUCUGCUGGGCCUUUGAGCAGGAAGAGAGACCUACCUUCACCAAGCUCAUGGAGAUGCUGGAGAAACUGCCGAAGCGAAACCGCCGCCUUUCUCACCCUGGACAUUUCUGGAAGUCAGCAGAGCUGUGACAGACCAAGUGAUGGGAUGGUGCCUUUCUUACCUGUUACUCCCUCAGCUGCCUCAGUUCCAAGCCUCCUCUCCGUCCUGUCUCUCUCCUCUGUGCACUAAGGAAAACCCAGGGGUCUAAAGACCAGAGGGAGCCACCGCCUGGGAUUGCUGAAGGAACCAACCAAGGCUUUCUGGUCUGCAAGCAGUCCCCCCCCAUCCUGGACUAGUGCCUCUGCCCCUGGGAAGGAGAGGGAGAGAGGGACCAGCUGGACUCUGACUAGAGUAGACCAGGGAGAGAUGCAGUGUUUACUGCAAACGGCCUGGAUGGUGAGCCUAGGGAAGAAAUGUGGAAAAGAGCAGGAUGGGGAGAUGAGUGUGCAGAGUUUCUGUGGAUAUGCUGUAGAGAUGGGACAUGGUGCUGGUCCAGCUUCUCCUCUACAAUUGAGGACAUGCUGCUGGGACAUGAAGGGUUGUGUGUGUGUGUGUGUGUGUGUGUGUGUGUGUGUGUGUGUGUGUGUGAGAGAGAGAGAGAGAGAGAGAGAGAGAGAGAGAGAAAGAAAGAGAGAGAGAGAGAGAGAGAGAGCACUUUUAAUAUAUUUGCCCCCUUCCCUUUUACUCUAAGCCAUUCCCUUCACUUCAGUAAGCCCCUUUGGCUAUUUUGCUUUCAAACAAGUCUGUGUUCAGUCAGUGUCAGGGGCUGAGGAGGUGGAAUAUUGAAUUGACUUUCACUUCUGGUUUCUCCCCAGGUGGUGCUAGUUAUGGGUUCCCAGUUCCCUGGGUCUAGGGCAUCCCCCCACCUAAUAUGAUGGACUCUAGUCCCUCAGAGGCUCAUUUACAGAGGAGCUGAUCUGUUCUGUUUCAGGUAGUCUUGGCCUCUGGUUCCAAUUUGUUUUGGGGGGAGGGUUGGUGUACCUCUCAAUUUUAGCCUCUAAAGGCAUAUAUAAAGAAAUAACUGUCUCUUUUCAACAUGUCUCUCACAUACUUAGCCUGGAACAUUUACAUUCUUUCUCCUAACAUGUUCAAACUACCCACUACUCAGCAGAAUUCAGGAUGAGCUAUAGCUGUCCUGCCAGAGAACACCACGAGAGACCCAUUGGAACCAUAAGGGAAAUUUUUGCAACCUAGGUUCAGAGAACUGUGUUUCCCAGGUUUCAGAUUGCUUUCUCCCUUCCUCUGCCUCUCCCCUGAGUUUAUUCUGUUAAGGUUGGGCUGGUACGCUGUAUCCAAUCAAUGCAAACAUGUACUGCAUACAUAGGAAGCAGUAUUGCAUAAUGAGUAGUGUGCUCAAAACCCUGACUUAAAAUCCUGCCACUUCUGCUCCCUAGCCGACCCUGGACAAGUCACUUAACCUCUGUGUGCCUCAUGUAACUCCUUAGGACUUAAUCACUAAGUCUUAGAUGGGUUGCAUUCUGUGUUGGUGGAGAGAUUCCCUGCCAUGGGAGUUCCUUUUGCUGCCAAAAUCCCAGAUCCUUUGUGUAUGAAUUCAUACUGCAUGCACAGCAAUCCAUCAGUAGAAAUUUUCUGCUCCCUAUCCCCAUCCCCCCCUCCCCGCCAAACACCUCCUCCUUUUAGACAGUCAGGUUACAAAUACCUGUGCCAGAUAAGGACACCGCUGUCCAGUGCUGAAUUCUUGAAUUAAAUCAGUUGAUUCUCUCUGCUUGCUUGAUACCAGGUAGACUCAAUGUCCUUGUUCCUUAUGAAUCCCCUACUUGGGAGCUGUGGCUACUAUUGAACAAAUUCCAUAAUGAGGCUGCCCUGCAAGAAGAUUUCUUCCUCCCAAGGCCCAGGGAGAUCAGGCUUCAGGGGCGACAGGGUAGGAGGGGGUUCCCACAGAAGCUUCUGUCACAUGCCUGCCAUAGUAAUACUGUCAAAUCUAAACCAGGGCCACUGUCCUGACUGACCUGUAACAGAAAGAAGAUGGCUGUAUCUAUUUACAACAUGUCAUGGAAUAAAAUGAUAACCGAGAUGACGGGGCAACGGGUGAGACUUCCCCGAGGCUCUGCAGCCGGUGCCUCUUUGCACCUCUCGAGAACUGUCUGGGGCCUUGUUCUCGCUUUGUCUGCUGCAUAAUUCAGCCUUCUCACUCCUCCAGGGAGUCAGAGGACGAGAUGGAGAAAAGUUCCAACUAAAUUUGAACUGAAAUCAUGAACCCAAACAGAGAUAGAUCCCUUAUAUCUCCUUCCCUCUCCCAAGACUGAGGCAGGGAAAAGAGCACUUUAUUUUAAAGGUUUGAAUCCAAGCUUUAUCAUUCACUAUUUGGGGGACCUUGGGAGAGGGACUGCACCUCUCUGGCCCUCAGUUUCCUCACAAAACAAAUUAGGAAGUCCCUUUUAGCUCCAGAUCUAUGAUUCUGUGAUCCAUCUACAGAGGGUCCAAAAUGGGAUUAUUUGGGAUCAAACUUCUUUGGGGCGUAAGCCCUUUUUGACUGGCCCUCUAGAUAGAGGUGCACAGGAAGGUAUGUAGGCCCUGUUGUAUUAGCAGGUGAACUGCUGGGCAGCUGAUUUCCUGGGGAGUUUGGAGCCACUUAAGCAAACCUAGGCCAUCCUGCCAAGGCCAUUCAUGUUUCCUGAAAACUGGCCAAGGAAACAUUGGAUCAUAGAUUUUGAACUGGAAAGGAACUUAAAAGCAUUGUGUUCAACAACCUCAUUUUUUAUAUUUUUAAUUUAACUUUAAUUUUUUUCAAUUGAUUAAAAAAGAUUUUUGUCCCCUCCCUCCACUCUUCCAUUGGAUAAAAAGGCAAAAAACAAAAAACAAAACCCAUGUCAAGCAAAACCCCAUAUUUUCCACAUCCCCCUCCCCUCCCAAAAAAGUCCCCACUGUACUCUAAGUUUAUCACCUGUCAGGAUAAUGAAACUAGGACCCAAGGAAGUGAGAUGAAUGGCCCAGGGUCUUAUAGGUGAUAAUGUCAUGACCUUGUUAUUCCUUAGUCUGGUAUUUCCAUAUGCCAAGAAAUCUUAAAUUGCUCAUUUCCUUCAAGCUCAGUACCAACCUUCUCUGGUGGCCUUCCCUUUCCUGUCAACUCCAAUUCUCCUUAUGUCCAUUAGGGAGUGAGGAGAAGAGGUAGAGAUCUGGCAAAAUAUGCAGCUCCUAGAGUGGACUGGGACAAUUGGCAUUUCUUUCUAGCAUGAUUUGUCUCAAGUUAUUUCAAAAAAUAGGAAAGGUCUCUGGGUGCUAUCCCUUAAAAUUCUGUCUUCACACUAGCUACGGAGUGGAGUGAGUGUUUUUUUAAAAAAGUAGAGGAUCCCUAGGAAAAGCUCCCUUACCCUCUCCCCUGUCCUGCUCUCUUAGCUCUGCCUGGCUGAUGAUUCCAUCAGCACUGUGCCUAACACUGAGUCCUUUGGGGGUUCUGUUUUAAAGCCAUUAUUGAAACUCAUUCUCUACUAAGCAUAGACCAAGAAUUACCAUGGAAAACAGCCUCCCCUUGGGAGUGCUGAAAGCAGAGAAGAAUCAGAUGACCACUUUCUCUCUUUAGGUCCAUUGGUUAGAUGUUAUAAAUGCAUCAGUUGUCUAUAGGCAACAGAGAAGUUUUUCUUGAUUGCAAAGGGAGUUCUUUGUAAAAUUUGCUCUACAGACAGCGUUUUAGCAUGAGCACCUAGGCACAUGGAGACUACCAAAAGGUUCCAUGUGGGCAGACCUGGGUGGGCUUAGGUAACACCUAAUAUACAAAAGCCAAAACUUGCCAGAUGGAUAAAUGAUGGUGAUUCUCCCCCCUCCCUUUCCAAAAAGGAAUCCUUUGCUUUGUGCAAGAAAACAAUGUAAGUUUCCUUUAGAUUUCCUGUGGCUUUAAAAUUGAACUCAAUGGACAAAAAUCCAAUUUCCAUCUAUCUUCUUAGGACCUUCUAUCCCAUAAAGUGAGAAAUAUUAGGAUGGCUUCAGCUUGGCAUGUAGCAGCUUCUGGGCACUUCUUGUAAGCCCAAGGCUGUAAGUUUCUCUGAUUCAUCAUUUGCAGGUCAAAGAGAAAAUUUCAUGCUAGCUAGUGAGUGUGGUAUUUCUCUCUGUUUCACUCUCUUUCACAAUAGCCAGUUCCCUUUGUAGAGGCUAGUCCCAAAUCAUAUGUCCCCAAAACAACUUUAAACUAGGGGAUUGUUUCCAGGGGUCCUAUUGCAGGCACCUGAAACUUUCCUGUGCCUCAGACCCACCAGCAUGGCAAGCUAGCUAAUGCCCUUCCCAACUUCCAGGUCUCUCUGUGUUCCCUAAGACUCUCUGGGAAAUCUCUCCCUCUUCCUGGUCAUUGCUCCUAUUUUCUUUCAUUCUUCCCUGCUAAAAAGAUGGCUGUCACAGCCAGCACCUAAACCUUGUACCCCCGAACCUAGACCUCCUCACCCAAUUCCCAAUCUGCCAGCCCCAGGCCUUAAGGGUAGGGAACCUGCACCCUCAACAUUGCACUAAUCCUCGGAGUCUCUCUAAGGAGUCCUCACCAAUGCCUUGACUGGGGCCAAAAUGUCUCAAGGGCUGAAGGAACCAAAAGGAAACAUUCACGGUGAAAGAUUGGAGCUUCUCCAGGAAAAAAAAAAUGUAAAUCUGAAAUUUGCCAAUCCUACCCUCUCCCUCCAGUUUCUUCUUUCCAUCCUGUUACAAGAUUUAGGUUUGCGUGUGUGUGUGCACGUGCACAUGUGUAUAUGUACGUGUGUGUAGGGGGCCAUGUUCAUAGCAUGUACAAAGCCAAAUGGAAAUCCUUUACUCCACAGCUCAACCUGAGUAGGUUAGUGGUGUGGGGUCUCAUUUUCUACCUGUACUCAAAGGACUAAGAAUGUGAAUGGUGGGUGUGUUGUGCUCUUUGGAAUUUUCUUUUUCCACUUGCCUUUGGUGUAAUUAGUCACAAUAGGUUUGUCCAUAGCGGCUGAUGGGCGUGUUCCCUGGCCCCUACCCUCAACCUUAUCCCCACCUAAAACUUAUGUAAGGGAACUUGCCCAAACUCAGAGGGGAAAGAGACACAGUGGCUGAUGUUCUGUGCCUAGAGGCCCUGAAGUCAAUAGUAACAUGGCCUUCCAUCCAUCUUCAACUGAUCAUAGGUACUCUGCCUCCCUGGAUCCUCCCUCACAUUCAGCCAUUCAUCCAUAGUCCAAUCAUCAGGAGCCACCCAGGUAGGCUGGUGCUCCUAGCUUUUCUCCUCCAAUACCCUACUUUCUUCUAUUGGUGAGAUGGGAUGCUUGGCUUCAAAGAGCUCAUCCAACUUGCUUGUCAUGCAUUUCCUCUCUGGAACCAGCCAUUUAAUCUGGUGGCAGGAGACCAGUUAGACAAUCUUGGGAUGGCCAUAAACUACUUAAGUUGUCCUAAGCAAGAGAAAAACACAGGCAGAGGGAGUCAUAUUUCCCAGGUCGGCUUCCCUUGCCCUUAUCCACAGUUGCAUAUGAAUGGAGCCAUGGAUAGGGAUCAGAGAAGGGAAGGGGCAUUAAAUCGUUCAUCAUUGAAAGGAAAUUCAAUCAAGAGCGUCAGUCAAAGUGCCAAGUGAUGUUAUCAUGUUCAUAGGAGCCUAAAUAUGGAGUUGAAAGGGAUCUUUGAGGUCAUCUAGUCUAACACCUUUAUUUUAUAGAUGACAAAACAAAAACUGAGGGACAUUAAGUGAUUUUCCCAAAGUCACACAAGUAGAAAGGAUCAGAGGCAAAACUGGAAGCUCAAAUCCAUUUUUCUUUUCAAUAUACCAUGUAUUUUGGGGCAAAUAGAUAACACAGUGGAUAGAGUGCCAGACCUGGAGUCAGGAAGACUCCUCUUCCUGAGUUCAAAUCCAUGCUCAGAUACUUAUUAUCUGCAUGACAUUGGGUAAGUCACUUAACGCUGUUCGUCCUAGUUCCUCAUCUGUAAAAUGAGCUGGAGAAGGAAAUGGCAAGCCAUGGCAGUAUCUUUGCCAAGAAAACCCCAAAUGGUGUUACCAGGAGUUGGACCCAAAUGAAAAAGAUUAAAGAUUAGCCCUGGAAGAAUCAGCCUUUAUUGGAAUAUUGACUGGAUUUGCCCACUAUUGUGAUACAAGCUAUUCAAAACUGGAAUAGGCUUUAUAAGGAGGUAGGGUAUUGAAUAGAGAGUCAGAUUUAGAAUUAGGAAGACCUGGGUUUGAAUCCUUUCCCCAUAAACUUGCUAUUUGAGUGACCCUGUGCACUUAAUCUCUCAGCCUCACUUUUCUCAACUCUAAAAUGAGAAUGACAAUAAUCCCUACCUCAAAUAGGUGUUAAUAUCUGCAAAUCUUGGGGGCAGCUAGGUGGCACAGUGGAUAAAGCACCAGCCCUGGAUUUAGGAGGACCUGAGUUCAAAUCUGGCCUCAAACACUUGACACUUACUAGCUGUGUGACCUUGGGCAAGUCACUUAACUCUCAUUGCCCCACAAACAAACAAACAAAAUAACAUAAAAUAAAAUUUAAAAAUCUGCAAAUCUUUUAAGCAAGGUGGAGUUAGUGACUAUUAGUUAAUAUUAGUGGGUUCCCUAGCAAAGAUUAGCUAGCCACAUGGGUGUGGUGUAGAGUCAGUCCUUGUUUGGGUAGGGAUUGGAUUGGUUGGAGUGUGAGUUCUAUUCCAGUGCUGAAAUUCUGUGAUUGAACUGUCUUUCUUCAUCACUCUCUACCCUCUGGAAAAGAGACUUUCCAUCUCUCUGCAGUUUCCUCAGCCUCCUCCCUGGAAGCCAUAGACACCUGCUUAAUAACCACAGGGGUGUUUACCCAGAGGGCAACUGGAGUGUUCCCACCCCUGGAGCUAGCCUUUACUUACAAAUAAUUCCUUCCAUAAUCAGAGGUGAGGGAAGAGAAGGAGGCAGAAUACUUAAUGGGGUUCCUAGAAAGAUUAAAUGAAAUAUACUUGAACGUGACAGUAAUUGGUGAAAGCUCUCACUUGAGCUUGCUAAGUAAUAUUUGCUGGAGCUGCCUUGCACCUCCCAAGAAUCCCAAGAAAACAGUCCAUUUUUCUGCCUAAGUCCAUCCCCCAAACUUUCCAUGGUCCUUUACUCUUGGCAAGAACUGGAUCUAAUCCUAUAAGCAUUUAUCAAGGACCUACUAUGUGUCAGGUACUGGGCUAGGUGCAAGGGGUGCAAAAACAGAGUGUCAGUAUUGGCAGAGACCAAGGCCAGAGGAGCUUUAGAACAGAGAAAGGCAGAGUUGAGAUGGACCUUAGAACAGAGACACUAGGAGCUGGGAAAGGCCUUAGAGCAGGGAAUAUCAAAGCAGGGAGGUGCUUAAGAACCAGGACUGUCAGAGCUAAGAGGGGCCUCAGAAGAGGGAAUGUUAGAGCUGGGAGGGGCCUUAGAACAGGGAAUGGCAGGGCUGGGAGGGACCUGAGAACAGGGAAUGUCAGGGCUGGCGGGGAACCUGAGAACCAGGGAUGCUUCUUGUUACAGAAGAAACUCAAGCCCUGAGAGGUAACGUCUUGAAGGUCACACAGCUAAGAAGGGGCAAACCUAGGAUUUAGAGCCCCUCCCCCUCAGCUCAUUCAAACCUAUCCCAAUCUGUUUUGAUCUAUUCUAGGUCCUUGGAGCUCUGAGUCAGGUGAUUCUUUCCACUCCAGCACUUCUUGGGGAUGGAGAGCAGCUGCUCUGUGUCUCCAGUGAGCACUGAGCAAGAGGAAAUGGGCUGUGCACUCAGGGUGAGGAGUUCAGAUUAGUGCUCAGGGAGAGCUUACCUGGAUGGGAAGAUCAUUAUAGAUCCUGGAACUUAGAUGACCAAGGAAAUGAUGCAAUCACUUUCUUUCUCUUUUUCUUUAAUUGCAUCUACCCCCAUUGGCUUAGAGGUGAUCCUGCCAGGACUCAGAGGAGAGAACUCCAUGGGAACCCAAGCCUUAGAGCUCCAAGAGACCUCAGAGCUCAGGUAGCUCAAAGGUUCUUCACCUGGAUUUGUGAGCCCCCAAGCUGUCUGUGGAUGGGGAUCCAUCAACUUGGAUAGGAAAAAAUAGAGAACUUUCUUUCACCAACAUUUGGGUUCUUUGGGAAUCCUAUGUGUUCUAUUCAUGCAUUUAAAAAUAUUAUUCUGAGAAGGGGAUCCUGUGCUUCUUUCCCCAGACAGACAAAAGUAUUCAUCACACACAUCAUAUACACACACAUACACACACACAAACAUUGCAACACGCACAUGCACAAAUACACACACACACACACACACACACACACACACACACACACACACACACACACUAGGAUAACAUCUCCUGCCAUAGAGUAAUUCCUUCAUUUUAAGCAGAGGAAACUAAAGCCCCAAGAGGCCUAGCCCAAGCCACACAAGGAGUAAAUUUUCAGUCUGAGAUUCAAAUCUAAAUCCUCCCAUUCUACAUCCAGCUAUCUUUCCUCACUCACAUCCCCUACAUAAGUUCUAUUGCCACCGUGUACCUGUAUGCUGUCAAUCAGGCAGAUGCUUGAGCCAAUAGCUAGAAAGGGAACAAAGCAGGUGGGAGAUCAACAAGAAAUGUGGCUGCUUACAUUGCUUGGACCUUCAUUGGAUGUUUUGACUUUCUUCAUAUGAAGGAGGGUUGAGUAUCUCCUGACCUCACCAUUCUUUUUAUAGAAUCAUAGAUUUAGAACCGAAAAAGGCCUGAUAGAUGGUCAGGACCAACUAUCUCAUUUUACACAUGAGGAAACCGAGGCAUGAAAAUGUUUAGACACCCAGAGUCAAGGUAGGAUUUGAACCCAGAUAUUCCUGACUUCAAAUAACAGCAUUCUGUCCACUAAUUUCUACAUCUACUGCUUAUCAAUGAUUAAUGGCCCCAAGUUUCUCCAGAACACAAAGGUCCAUCUUUUUGAAUAACAACAUUCUACUGCUGUUGUAAUAUGGCAUAAAUACAGCAGUCUAAAAAGAAUCGAAACAUGAGUGUCACCCAGAGGGCAGUGGAGUGGUACAUGGUGGGAGUGAGCAGGGUAUGAUAUAUGGUCAAUGAGGAACUCCAAAGACCAAUAGUAAAAGAUGUCAUCAAGGAAUUGUGUGGGAGGAAGAGAGAUGAUGGGAUGGUCAUGUGGUGAGGCAGAGGUGCAGAUAUACAGCCCAGAUGGCCCACCAAUCCCUUCAAGGUUUCUAGAGCAAGGCCUCCAACACAUUGGGUGGACCCCCAUGAUGAAUUUAUAAGAGGUCACAGACAAGAGUUAUUCAGGAUAGGCAGUCAAGAAUGGGCUGCUUAGUUACAUCUUUGAGGGGAACAUGCAAAUCAGUGAGAUCAUAGAUCCAUUGGAGUACUCAAGAGAACUGAGACCCUGAGAGGUUAAAUGAAUUACCCUUAGGUCACACAGGUGGCAAGUAACAGAACCAGACUCCCAUGUGCAGUUUCAUUUUUAAAACAUCAGCACCUUUAUUUUACAAAGAAGGAAUCUGAGACCCAAAAAGAUAGCUAACAAAACCAGUGCCGCAGAGCUGAGACUAGAACCCAGAUAGCUGACAAAUCUGCAUUGUCUCAUUUUUACAAAGUAUGGAACAGGCUCUUUUAGCCACCCUCCCCUUUCUUCUCUCUCCUCACCCUCUUCCCACACUGCUCCUUCACUUUCCCUCCUCUCUCCUCCUCUCCCUUCCUCCUCUUUUUCCCCUCUUCCACCACAGUAGAAAUUAAUUUUAUGAGGAUAGUAGAAGUUACUCCCUUGGGAGAUUUAAGCAGUCUGAAGGGAUUGUGUCCUGAAGUCCUUCAAAAUUGCUCUGUUUGGUAAUCGUCCUAUUUCCUGAGAAGACAUUUAUUUCCUGCCAAACAGCCCUCAGUCUCAAGUAUAAGGCUGCCCUUAGCGCCUUGGCAAUCAGGCUUAAUCAAUGUGGCCUUUGGGCUGAAUGAGGUAGGGCUGGCUCUGUAACCUGGGCAUUCUUUCUGCUCCUGACUCCAGCUUUUCCUCCCUCCAUAUUCUCUAAAGCACAUCAGCAUUUAGAGCAUCAUGUUGGCAGUUAGGAUCCUAGAUUGAGAGUUGUAAGGGUCUUGGAGGUUACCUACUCCAUUUUACAGAGGAGGAAAUUGAUGCUGUGAGAUGUUAAGUAUCUUUAGGCUCUCUGCCUUAGAGCUGGAAGGGACCUUAGAGGUCAUUUGAUUCAUGUCAUCACUUUACAGGUGAGGAAACUGAGGCAUGGCAAGGUUAAGUAUUAUAUGGAACUUAAGGCAUGUCUUUGGGGUCAUAGACUUAGGAACUGAAUGAAACAUUAAAGGACAUCUAAUCCAAUGUGCUCAUUUUACAGAUGAAUGAAGAAAUUGAAGCCACGAAAAGAUAAAUUAUUUUCCAAUAGUCAUACAAGUACUCAAUAAUAGAGCUGGGAUUGGAACCCAGAUACUCUGGUUUGAGAUUUAGCCCUUUCCACUGCAUCAUGCUGUCUCCCCUCUGACUUCAUUGACAACCAGAACUCUGAAUAGAAAAGAGAUAAAGGAGCAUUUCUCUAUAUUCUGGGCCACUGCAUCUUUUCCCCUGUGGGUGAGGUUGGAUCAAUAAGAAAUGUGGCCCCAGGCUAGUCUUGGCCCUGAGGGCCCAUGACACCUAAACUCUUGAAAUCUGGGAGAGGCUUUGAACACCCCCUUAGUGCCUGAGAGCUGACAGCAAGCCUCUAAAAUGAUUCCUUUCCAACCCCUGCAUGAUGAUUCCCCCAUCCCCACCCCACCCCACCAUGAUAACAUCUCACCCAGACUGGAAGCCUUGAAGGAAGUUUCACAAUAGUGAAGAUGAAAAAUAGCUGGGUAGUAUUCAUCCAAAAUUAGUGCAGAAGAGAAGUUUCAUCUCCCCAUUCAGUGCUGGCUACAAUGGUUUGUGCCAACGUGUCAUUUGCAUCAUGCUUUCUCACACUGGAAAGCCUAAUUAUUAAAAACAAAUCCCAUUUUUUCACCAUGAAAGGGGGAAAGAAUACCAGCUUGGCUAAUUUUGCUCAUUUAAAAAUAUCUUCAGUCUUUAGCAUCCAAGUAAGAAAUGACAGAAAGACUCCAUGAGACAAUGUCAAUGGCACCAUUGAGUAUAAAAGAUGAGAGUUCAUAAAUGUCAGCCCAGGGCAUUUUGGAAAUUCUUAGGGAUUCUUAAGUUCAAACAAAUUUUGAUGUAUGGAGGCAUGAUCUGUCAACCUCAGUUCAGAAGAAGAAACUCUUAGGUACCAGAAAGAAGGAGGUUUGGGGAAAACUGGUGAGCCCAAUAGCCUAAUCUGGCCACAUCUUUCUGGAUUCUAAUUGACAGCCAACCCUCCUAGCUUUUUGCCAUCUGCAGAUUGGAACAGGUAGUAUCAUACAGUGAAAAGAGUACUGGAUGAAGAGUCAGUGGGCUUGGGUUCAAAUCCCAAUGUUGCUACUUAUUACCUGUGUGACCUUAGCUAAAUCACUUCAUCUCUCUGUGCCAUGGUUUCCUACCAUGUGAUAUAAGGUUGUUAGAAUCCAUGGCCUUUAAGGCCCCUUCCAGGAUCCUGGUUUGACCUUCUCAGUUUACGGAUGAGUAAGCUAAAACCCAAAGUGAUGUAAGGGAUUAGUCCAAGGCCAGAGAGCCAGUGUCAGUUAUGGGACUUGAAGCCAGGUCUUCCUGACACCAAGUCUGAUACCCUCUCCACUCCUAGAUGGCUUCUGCAGGUCCUCCAGUUUCUAAAUCUGUGAUCCUUUGGUAAGCAUGCAAUUUCUCCCUUUAUCCAGAUCUUGAGGGGCAAAAGGAUGUAAGUGCUUUACUAGUGAAGAUGUACCAACCAAAAUGCAACUCCCUUUGAGAAGGCUAACUGUUAGCAGGUAACAUCUUAAAAGAUGUGAAGGGAGGAAGGAUGUAAACUCAAUCUCUCAGUUUCCCAAGCUGUACAAUGAGCUAUAUGACUUCUAAUGUCCUCUCUAGGUUUAAAUGAAGGUGUACAAGGGCACUGAAAAGGAAAACCAGAAGGCACCAUAAUUGUUCCAAAGGCAAGUUGAUGGGGUUGGGAUGGGGAAGAAUAGGGAAUAGGUACAGUAUCCUAUCACAUAGAUAUCCCAUGUUGGACCUUCACCCCAGUGUUAAUAAGGAUUUGUCUGCAGCCAGAGGGUAGGUCCCUUCAAAUCCUAGUUUCUUAAACUAUGGGUUGUGACCCUGAUGGGGGUCACAUAAUUGAAUGUGGGGGUGGCGGAAAAUUUGGCAACAGUAAAAGGUUAUACAUACCUAUUUUAUAUACCCGGAGUUGCAUAAAAAUGUCUUGGGCAUAAAAGAGUAGUGAGUGGGAAAAGUUUAAGAAACCCUUCUUUCAAGGAUUUCCACUUGUGCAAGGAGAGGUAAAGAAGUGGACAAAGACACAAAUGAGCCUGGGGAGUGGGCAUUCCAAUAGACAGGUGCUCAGUGCAAAUUUCCAUUGUGGGAGCUGGGGAAAUCGAAGUGGUGAUUUAAGACUUCUACCAGGCUGUAUGUAUCACUCCAAGAAGGAAUCUAAGCCUCCAGAAGGACCAAUCAGCUCCAAAGAAAGUGUCAGAAAAAAGUUCCUUAAAGCUUUUAGAGUUAGAAAAAAAGGCUCUAUAGGGAGAGGCUGAAAAAGUUCGAGUUACCAUAUUACCUUGUAUUAUGUAUUGCUUUUGUCUGCCAUAUAUUCAUUGAGACGUGGGGAUUAAGCUGGACUACUUUAAGAAUCUGGCAGUUUGAAUCCUAAACUAUCAUUUUCCCUCUGAUCAGCUGCUGGGGCUAGCAGCAGCAGCAGCAGCAGCAUCCAUCCUCUCCAGAAUAGAGCCUCUGAAGAUUUUAGGGUAGCAGACAAAGAACUGUGAAUGAUAAUUAACUCAUCUGCAUGAUUUCAGCAAGCAGAAUUUUUUAUACAAUUCUUAGCUCUCUGUGGCUGCCUUCUAUGACCCACUGGGGGAAAGAGAAAUCAUGCACAAUCAAAAUUUGGAAUUUUGUUCUCACAUUUAGACAUUAGGAAUCAUGUAAAAAGGGAAUGGGGAGGAAGAUACCUGAGUAAAUAAAACAUAGGAAAAUGGCAUUACAUGGUAUAUAGGGCACUGGAUUUGGAGACAGGGAGACCUUGUUUCAAAUACUGCUCUCUAUGCUUACUGGCUAUCUGACCCCAGGCAAAUCCCUUCCCCUUCUCUAUGCUUUGAGUCCCUCAUCAAUACAAUAAGGAGAUUGAACUUAAGGGCCUUUACUGUUCCUUCUAAUUCUACAUCUAUGAAUCUAAUGAGGACCUUGUACCUCUCCAUUCAAGACUAAUGAAAUAAGCAUAGAUUUAGGCAUGAUAUCACUGCCACGGGGAGUACAGGCAUGGCCUUGGAACCAGGAAUACCUGGAUUCAAGUCUAGUCCCUGACACAUACUAUUUGUGUGACUAUGUCCAACUCACUUCAUCUUGAGUCCCAUGGAAACCAGUGAGCCUAUCAAUUAAAGUCGAAUUGCCCAUCCAAAUCAGAGAAGAGAACUUCCAUACCGGGAAUUCCCAAGACUAAAGAAAUCACAGAUUCUAAUUGAAUAAUAAUAAUGUCCUAAACUUCAGGAGAAAAAAGAUCAAGGCUGAUGAUUUUUAAUUGGCCUAAUUAUCAAGCAGAAGUUGAUGCUCUCAUCCUAGAAGGUAACUGACCAAUGUUUCAGUUUCUAUAUUUAUAAAGUGGCCUGAAAUCUUCCUUAUUUUCCUUGGAAUAGUGGAAAGAAUACCACAUUUUAAGUCUAACUCAAGCUUAAAACCCAACUCCAUCACUUUCUAAUCUGUGUAACCUUGGAAAAGUCAUUUCUUGAUGCAUUUGCAGUAAGUUUUUCUUGUAAAAUGAGGUGAUUAGAUGAGAUGACCUCCAAUUCCCCUUCCUACUAUUAAUUCAUGAUCCUAUCAUCCACUGGCUCAAUUCAGAAACUAUGGAUUAGAUUGUAUUCCAUCUGGAGGUCCUAAUGAGUUCUAGGAAUCUAUUCCCAAAAUGUCUCAUUCCAAGGUUAAGGCUUGGAAUUUAGGUUGCCUAAGUUGACUGCCCACAAUUUUAUAGAAGUUAAGUAUUAAGUGAAGCUAGAUGGUGGAUACAUCACUGGGCCUAGAGUCAAGGAGACCUGAGUUCAAAUGCACCCUUAGACACUAACUGUGUGAGCUUGGAAAAGUCAUUUAACUCAGUUUACCUGUUUCCUCAUCUCUAAAAUGAGCUUGAGAAAGAAAUGGCAAACCACUCACUCAAGUAUCUUUGCCAAGAAGAUCCCAAAUGGGCUCACAGAGAGUCAGACAUAACUGAAAUGACUGAAGAUAAAUGUUUUCUUAUGGCAUGUAAUGAAUGUCAUCUUGAAAGUUGAUGCUAAGAGCAAUCUGGAUUCAGUUAAGAGGACUGAUUCAGAUGGGGCUCCCAUUGGUAGGUUGACCUUCCCUCCCCAUAAAAUCCCUAUCCCCUCCUGCACUGUCAGGCACAGGGCAGCCUGUAGGGGUCUCAACAGUGGCAGCUGGAGUGCAUUGUGGACAAUUAAUGCAAUGCAUUUGUCCUUCAAAGCACACACAACAUUCUUUCUUUUUUUUUACAUGUGUUACCAAAAAAAAAAAAUGGGUACAAAAGAACUCACGUAAGUUCCAGUAACUGCUAUGUAGCUACAGUGUAGAUACUAGAGUACUCUAAUGCACUUUUCUGCCACCUUUAAACCCACUUUGCUUCCCACCAACAGCCAUCUUCUGGAUCCCUCUUCAGAAGAAACAAAUGGCUUUGUUGGCCGGAUUCCUGAUCUAGGAAGGUCAGCUGUGUGUUGUUGGCUUACACUCCAGGCUGGACCUGGAAAAAUUGUGAAAUCUGUGAAGUUUGUCUUUGGUGCCUUGUUACCUCCUUUUCAGGGCCUCUUUAUGUCCUUCUGGACCUCUCAUCUAUCCUGUACCACCACCAACAUCCCAGCCCUUUGUCUGCCUUAUGGCACAUUCCCCUAUGGCCUUGUUUUCAGAAAUGGUCUGAUCCCCAAAUAUAUUAUCUGAUGGUAGAUGGCACCCAACCAGAAGGAUGUUCAUUUGAAAUGGAAACCCUGGAAGAUGAAAAGCCUUCAAAGACCCAAGAAAUGGUGUGCUGAAUGGUAUCAUUUCAAGCAGAAACCCUGUCACCAAAUCUCAUCAGAUCCAACCACUUCUUGAAAUUAACCUUGGCUGUUUUUGCUUGCUGCUCUCUGUCCUCAGUGCCUGCCUCCAGCUUCUUAGGUUAUUGUUUUUAGUUCUCAUAGUGCCCAAUGCCCCACUAGCUACCAUCCUCCACCAACUCAUCUUUGAGGAUGCAAAAGGAUGGAGUUCAAAGCAAGGCUGUGACUUGAUCUUUAUUGAGCCCAAAGAAAGAUUAAAUAUUUCUCCCUUCACCAUCCUGGAGUCCUAAACCCUGUAGCACAUUCCUUUUUUGAACCCAUACUACCAAGGUUUGAUGGGAUCUUAAGUUUCCACUUGAGCAGUCAAGGACUCAGAAGAAAUGCCUGUUCCCAUUCCAAAAUUCCUACUAUGUUUCAGAAACUGUGCUAAGCACUGCAGUACCAAAAAAAGAGAGGCAAAAGACAGUCCGUGCUCUGAAGAGCAGACUAAAAAGGAGAUUGAAUUCCAGUAGAAGGAUGACUAUGUAGGAAGCCCUCCCAGGGCAGACGUAGAGACAAAUGAUUUCCUUUGUUCUGUGCCCCCUCAUAUCCCACUGCUAGGGCUGCUGUUCACUCAGCUAUAGAAGAAUACACCCUGGAAGAACUGUCUGCCAGACACUACUCUCUGUAAGUGGCUGCAGAUUCCCAGGAGGAUCUUAUAUUUCUUAGAGGGGAUCUAGCCCUUUCUGCACUCUCUGUCUCUGUCUACCACUGUCUCUAUCUUUCUGUCCAUGUGAGUCCAUCUGAAUCUCUGCUGCUAUUUCUGCCCCAUGUAUUUGUUCAGGAUGCCUCUCUGUCUCUGUCCCUCUGUCUCUGUUGCUGUCUCUCUGUGUGUUUCUGUCUCUUUGGAGUUUUUUUGUCUCCUCUGUCUCUGUGUGUCCCUCUGUGUGUGUGUCUCUUUGUUUCUAUCUCUCUCCUUCUUCCAACACAGAAGCACCUUCAUAGGAUUACAGACCCAAAUUUGAGAGGGAUCUCAGAUUCCAUCUAGUUCAAUUCCCUCUUUUUGACAGAGGAAGAAACUGACUCUGAGAAAAGUGAGUCAACUUACCUAGGAUCACACAGGUAGCAAUGCAUGUGUGCACGUGUACACGCACGCGCGCGUGCACACACACACACACACACACACACACACCUGCCCAUGUGGAUGUUAUGUUUUUCUAACAGAGAGGUUGAAAGGUGUUACCAAAUGAGGACUUGCCUUUGGUGUGUCCCUUAAGAAUCAUGAUACCCAUCUUGCUGGCCCACUCACUUUCUGGAUAUUUGGGUCACAGACUCUCACUUUGGGAGUCAUUUUCCUCUUCCCUACCACAUCCUGCUUGCUCUUGUUGACAUUUCCUCUGGUGAUGGGGGCAGGUCCUUUCAUUUCCAUUUAGUAAGCCCUGAUUAUGUUCCAGGCACUAUGCUAGGAGCUGUACAUGAGAACAAAAUGAAAUAAUGCCUGCCUUCAAGGAGCUCCCAAUCAACCGAAGGGAAAUGAGCUCUUAAACUUUGUCUUCCUCUUCAAGGCUCAACCUCUGCCAUGCCUCAUGUGAUAUCCUCCCUCAAGUAUCUGACCCAGUGGCUAUUUCUGGAAGAGGGUAUAUGGUUCAGGAUGUGAAUAGCAGAAAUCACAGGGUCAGGGACUUACAUAACCUUGAGCUUUCCACAGGUACAAGAACCCUCUGCCCCAAUCUAAUCAUUACAGGUACAAAGUCACUAGCAUUGGUAUGGCAGGGGAUGGAGGUGGAGGAAUGACCUGGGUACCAUAGUAGACCACAAGCUAAGCAACCAUCAGCAAUAUAGCACUAUAAUUUGAAAAAUGUGGCCUAAGCAGGAAGAUGCAAUAACAUGUAUGCAAGUCACAAGAUAAGCAAAGCUCAUUCACCUGAUUUAAUUCAACUCAACCCUUCUCAAUUAUCACCUGCCCAGUGAAUUCUAGCAUUGAGAACAAAAACCAUUAACACACAAAAAAAAUAUUUGCAGACUAUGCAUCACUUACCUCAACCCCAGCAUCCUUUUUCUCCCCUCAAUCCCAGCUGUUUCCUAGUCAUCAAUCAAAGAUCAACAGCUGAUCCCAGAAGUAUUAAAUUCACACAAUUUUAGAGUUUAAAAGGACAACAUUGAUAAUGUAGUCUAAAUUAUGAUCCUUCUUAGGAUCUUAGGUUGAGAGUUAGAAGGGACCUUAGAGGUCAUCUAAUCCCACCCCCUCAUUUUAAAGAUGAAGAAACUGAGGCCCAGGAAGGAAAGAACUUGCCCAGGGUCACAUGAAUAGUAAAUGACAGACCCAGGACUUGGAAGUUAUAUCCCUUAAUGCCAAAUUCAGCAUUCAUCAUUGCACCACACUGCCAAGUCUACCAAGGAGCAAGUCCCAAGAACACAUAACUGAAAGAGAAUGUAUAGGAAAAGCAGAGUGUGGGAUAAGAUUUCUUUCUGGCCUACUGCCAUACUGAUUUUAACGUCACCCUGACUUAAUGAAAGAUCUGUGUAGGUUCUCUGUUCUUGAUGGUAUCCUAACCAGAAUGGAAGCCGAUAGAGAAAAAAGGUGACUGCAAUCUUGACAUUGACAUAAAGUAGUCCCAGGAGCAAUGUCUGGGCUCCCCAAUGACCUAACAAUGUAAAGCACUUUGCAAACCUUAGAGUGGUCUAUGUAUGAUCGUCCAUUAUCACAAUCACCACCACCACCAUCACCAUCACCAUAUCCUCCUCUUCUUCUGCUUCAUCAUCACCGACAUCAUCAUUACCACCAGCAGCUCUACCAUCAUUAUCAUUGGGGAGAAUCCAGGAGGGCAGCUGUCCUUACUCAGCUCAACAGGGGGACCUUGAAGAAUGGGGCCAAUCCCAUAUCUGCCAUCAUGGCCCACAUUAACACCAAGAGGAAAGUAUUGAUCAUCAUUGGAUAAGCCCCCUGUGCCCAAGCCCAGCUAAAAAAUGCCCUCAUUUGGGGUGGAAAGCAGGGUGGAGCUGGGAACAGAACCAUAGUCCCUGUGUCUAUUACCCACUCCUUUGACCCCCUCCUCGCUUUGAGCUGCUCGAUUGCCCUAGCCGCUAUUUCUGCCCCAUGUAUUUGUAGCAUGUUUUAUUUGGUUUAUCACUUUUGUGGAUGUCGGCCUUGGGAAGCUUUGUCAGUUGCAAAAAAACAACAAAAAACAACAAAAACUACAAAAAAAGGCUUUCUCUCUGUGUAAAGUAUGCUGUUAACUUUUUCUAUACAUAAAGUAUAUAUAAAUAUAAAUACUAUAUAAAUAUAUAAAGACUAAAUCUUGUACAGUUCGACAUAGACUGGUGGCUGCAUUGUUUUCUUGGUGUUCAUUUUUGAUGAGUGUUGCAGAAUGAGUUGCCAUAAGGAUUUGGGUUCUGUUUUCCUUUUAUGGGCAGUUUUCUUCUCCCCUUCCCCCCCCCCACAUCCCUCAUUUCCUUCCCACCCUUCAUCCUCCCACCCUCCCCUCCCUUUGUAUUCUUCCUGCCUAUUUUCCUUUUCUUAUAUUGCCAGCAUCUUGUUGGAGGAAAGAUAAAAAUAAUUGAAUCCAAUGCCAGCCAGAAAAAGGAGGCAAGGUGGAUCGAUGUUGUACAUUUGUACAGUAAUAUUUAUAAAGUUUUCUACACUUCUCAAAAAGUAUUUCUAAUUUGGGCUGUUUGGCGGGUUGUGAGCCUCUUUGAACAGAUUAUCCAGUUGUUUCUUUGUGUUCAGUGCCGUGUUUAGUAAGGUACCAAUGUCUGAAUUAUUUAUGCUAAUAAAGAAUUGGAGAACUAUUGCAUCCCAAUGCUGCUGUGACCUGCAUCUCUUGCCCCAAUGGCACAGUCCAAUUCAACAAACAAAUCAUAGCAGAUGUUUAAUAAAUGGAUGUGAAUGAAUGAGCAAAUAUUUAUUAAACACCUACUCUAUGCAAGGCAUUCUGCUAGACA